AUGUCGCCGCGAGACCGAGACCGAGACGGCAAGCUGCCCGCCGCCCGCCACGGCACGCGCCUGCUGGUCGUGUUCCUGCGCUGCGCAGGGCGCGCAUACCUUUGUCAACCUCUCCGGGCCGUCGCCAACCGCCACGGCCGCGCCGUCACCUGCGUCGCCGUCAGCCACGCCUCCGAGGCCGCCGCGCGCAAACGGAUCGACCUCCUGGGCGGCGCGUGGAACGACCGCGCCGUCUACGCCGCCUGGGGCCUUGGCGUCGCCAACUCCUGGCACCCGCUCAACCCGACCACCCGGGCCCAGGCGUGGAGGGAGAAGGGCUGGCUGGGCGACAAGCUGGCCGCCGCGAUGCAGCGCGACGCGGGAGCCCCCGGCGACGACGGCAACGACGACGACGCCGGCUCGACCGUCAUGUGGGGGGGGCAAGACCACGCGGGCCGAUGA